AUGGACCUGAUGAAAAUCAGCGUCGUAUUGUACAUCUCACUCAUAUUAGUACUCAAUAAGUAUUCGGAUUGUACGACUCACCCUAGGGUCAAAAUGUAUGGUCCUAAAGUAACAGUCAUAGAUCGUCGGAAACCUGAUCCAAAAAUUGGACAAGACGUAAUUAAUGAUGUAAAAAUUAUUUCCCAACCAGAAGAUUUUUUGGACGAACCCAGCUGCCUUGAAUUGCGUAUGAUGUGGCGCACUUAUCAGAGGCAAAAUCAAUUGACACAGUCAGCUAGCAGUUUACCGCUGACUUUCGAUCCGUUUGCAUUUAAUACAUGGGAAGAUUACAUUAAGCCGAGAUAUAUAAACAGACAAAAAUCAAUGAUGUUUGAACGAACCAUACCAGACAGGUUUCAUAUUUACAGGCAACUUAGACCGUUUGAAAAAAUCGCUAGGCUGACCACUACAACGAGGGCUAUCAUGGACGAUCAGUUGACGAGAAAAGCAAAUUUAUUUCGUCUGGGUUAUCAUCCCUUGACUAAAAUACCUGUUAUCAUGCGCCUGACAGCCAAAGAUAGAUUCCAAGAGCUAAAAGAACUGAUGCGUCACGAGAAGACAAAUAAUUACCAACCUGGAGACAGCGAUGAUGAUCCGUUUUCCAUCGUACCGAUCACCGCGGCGGCGGUCACUUCCAACGGCACUGCGGGUAAAAAACGACCUGGCUACGAGUCAUUGAUGUCACGACCCAGACACUUUUCACAAGGGCACUAUAUGAACAUGAAGCCGAACGGCGAACAUAUCGACAAUACUGUGACAGCUACACCGCAGGCAAUUAUAAUUUUUUUAUAUAAACUAUAUUAUUGUAAUAGUGGUGGCUAA